GUGCCCGCAAAUAAAGGCUGGCCGAUAAGGUGUCUUGGCCGCAGUAGACUCUCAGCUCACGUGGGAGACAUAACUGAGGGUGCCAGAGGGGCGGAGUGUGUUGCCAGGAUGGAUAAAAAGACACUGACGAAGCAGGAGACGCUAGCGCUCAGGCGAAAGCACAUAGGGCCCUCGUGCAAGCUGUUCUUCCGGAGCGACCCCCUCAAGAUCGUAAGGGCCUCAGGAUGCUACAUGUACGACGAGGAGGACAACCGAUACCUCGACUGCAUCAACAACGUCUGCCACGUCGGCCAUUGUCACCCCCACGUGGUCUCGGCAGCAACUCGGCAAAUGGCCAUCCUCAACACAAACAGCCGAUUCCUGCACGAUAACCUGGUCCUCUAUGCAGAAAGGCUCACGUCGCUCUUCCCCCCAAAGCUGAGCGUGUGUUUCUUCGUCAAUUCCGGCAGCGAGGCGAACGACCUGGCCCUCCGCAUGGCCCGCACCUACACCAGACACCGAGACGUCAUUACCCUGGAUCAUGCUUACCACGGUCAUGUCACAUCCUUGAUCGACAUCUCGCCAUACAAGUUUAAUCACCCCGGUGGUGACGGGAAACCUGACUGGGUCCAUGUUGCGCCCGUAGCUGACACGUACAGAGGAAUGUACACAGACAAAGACUUUACUAUCGAGGAAUUGUCCGAGAAGUAUGCGCACGAGGUGAAGAAGCUGUGUCAUAAAGCCAACGAGGAGGGAGGUGGCGUGUGUGUCUUCUUCGCCGAGUCAAUGCAAUCUUGUGGGGGACAGAUCGUCUACCCGCCGGGAUACCUCCGCCAAGUCUACAGACACAUUCGAGAGGCCGGCGGUGUUUGUCUGGCCGAUGAAGUCCAGGUCGGGUUUGGCCGUGCCGGCUCGCACAUGUGGGCCUUCCAGACGCAGGGAGAUGACGUAGUGCCGGACAUUGUGACUCUGGGAAAGCCGAUGGGCAAUGGUCACCCUGUGUCUGCAGUCAUCACCACAAGGGAAAUUGCUGAUAGUUUUGGGUCGACGGGAAUGGAAUACUUCAACACCUUUGGCGGCAACCCCGUGUCCGCGGCCGUGGCAAACGCAGUCCUCGACGUUAUAGAGGAUGAAAAGCUGUUGGAAAAUGCCUCCACAGUCGGCAACUUCCUUCUGCAGGAAUUCAGAAAGCUACAGAAAAAGUAUCAACUGAUUGGUGACGUGAGAGGUCAGGGGAUGUUUCUAGGCUUGGAUUUGGUGAAGAACAGAGAAACGAGGGAGCCAGCCACUGCUGAGGCUGCCUUCAUCAACAAAAGGCUAAAGGAGAGACACGUGUUGCUGAGUGCGGACGGCCCCCACAGGAAUGUCCUCAAGUUUAAGUCGCCUCUCGUCUUCAGUGUGGAAGAUGCCAUGGAGUUAGUCAGUAAAUUAGAUGCAAUAAUGGACGAAAUGGAGCAAGUUGAGCACGCCAUGAACGGAGUGAUAGAGAAGGCAAGCGUUCUGGGCACAGACGCACCAAGCUCAAAGGCGCAGCACAUGGGUAACAGUGAGAUCCAAGUUAAAGUGUGAAGGCACGUGAAGCUGGUGUCUGUGCGGAGGAAUAGAUGUCGUGUUGUUGCCGCUGCUCAACGGGUGAAGUUCUGAUGCUGUUAUAGGCAUGCCAGGAAUGUCCAUGUACAGAAAAACCUUUAUGGCUCGACACGAUGGGGGCUCCCGCCUUGCCGAGUAAUAGAAUGCUGAGUGAUAAGUUUUACUGUUGCUAAAUGUGUUUAAGGCUUUGUUUAAUAAAAAAUAUAUAUAUCCUUAGACACAAAAGAUUAGACAAGAGUAUACUACUGAUUAUAUAUUUCUUUGAGCCAAUAUAGCAAUCAUAUAUUUUAGAUACAAUCUUAUUUUAAGAAUGUACAUUGAUAUUUUAUUAUGCAUUAGAUAAGAGGUGUUGGAAAUCUGCUUAUGACAAGACUCUGUUAAACUCUAUUAUUGCAGUUUAGCUAAAUCUUGGACUGUUGAUGAACACUGAAUUAUUUUGUCACCAUAAACAAACUGCCUAAGCCAUUUUGUUUUCACUUUUUGGGAAAUUUAAAGUGACUGCCUCCUCCUCCUCUUCCUACUUUCACCAUGCAAUCACUUUGUAACCAUAAAUUCCCUUCUCUCUCUCUCUCUCUCUCUCUCUCUCUCUCUCUCUCUCUCUCUCUCUCUCUCUCUCACCCUUCCAUUUCUCUCAAUUUGUCCCUUCCUUUAUUCCUCCUUUUAUUGCUUCUCUUUUUUUUCUUUUCUUUUCUUUCCUCAUUCUCCUUUCUUUUCCUUUUUAUUUAUUAUUUUUGUGACUUGUUUACCUCAUUCUCUAAGUUGACUUGUGACAUAAGCGGAAAAGUUAAGGCAAUUAUAGAGCACUCGCAGCCUAGCAUGACAGGCAACUCUACCAAUAAUAACAAAAAUAAAAAGUGCACUGCCUUCCACAUGAUGAAAAACUGAAAGCCGAAAAUCUGCUACUCCCUUUUAAAUGACCUUGGCAGUUUGUUUAUGAGGGCGACGAUUUUAUGUUAUUUUGGUGUAUAAAAGAAAUGCGUCCACUGAUGAAAGCAACUCGUCCUCAAUCAUCUAUGUAAUACGAAUGGUGCAGAGACAGAGCAGCUACUAGUGUCGCUAAGGGAGUCUUGAUAACUGUAUAGCUGUGUAUCGACUAUCAAUUAGUAUAACAAAUCUGGGGAACCUAGUUAAAUAAUGUCUGGGGAAGGGCAUAAGAGAUAAGGUCGGUAUUUUCAGAUGCUUCCGCCUCUCAUAUCAACUACUUCCAUAGGCCAAAAAGGAGAUUAAUCAGAUUCUAAUGAGGGUUUCUAAAGGUUUAUGGUACAGAGGAAGGCUCAAACUACAGUCCCCCAGGGUCAUAAAACUAGUACCUCUAAAAAUACCCAGGACUCCUACGAAAGCCUUGUCAAAUAUGUAAGCUUGGGUGCUGAAAUAUUUAAGAAUAUGACCCUAAGCAUGUUUGGGUGCAUCUGCCCCUAGAGAACACAGCUUGUGAGACAGGGAACAAGCACUCGCACAAAUACAAGCCAUCAGGGGGAGCUUGUAAGAGUAUGGGAAGAAACACUGAAGUACUAAAUGGCUGUCCAGAAUCAUAGAAUUUUAUAGAGACCAGAAUGAAGAACUGAACUGUGAAUACUAAAUGGCUGUAAAGAAUUGUAGUAUAUUUUAUAAAGCACAGGAAGAAAAACUGAACUGUGAGUACUAAAUGGCUGUAAAGAAUCCUAGUAUGUAUGCUAUGUUAAAUAAACUAGAUGAGACUGAAA